UCCUCCGCGCGGGGGACGGUGCAUAAAUAAAAAAGCAGACAUCCAUUUUUUUCAAUCCAAUGCGUCCUGUUAUAGGUUAACAGUUCAGUUCAGUUCAGUGUUCCUUCGGUCCCUGGAAGCCACUUGUGAAGGAGAUGUAAGCUCGGUGUGUCUUUAGGUAUCCAGCCUGUAAUUAUCUCUUGAGUUUGGUAUUACCAGUGACUUCCAAUAAAGCUGCUACAUUGCCAGCAGAAGAAAGGAUGGGCGGUCCUUGCGGAUCCACAUUCGUGGCGGGUCUUCUGUGCAUUUGGUAUCUUCUCGUAGUCAACUGUACCCAUAGCAACGCGCAGGUAACAGGGGAUGUCCGUUUGGCUGAUGGAAUCUAUCCUUAUCAAGGGCGCGUGGAGAUUUUCUACAACGGGCAAUGGGGAACUGUCUGUGAUGAUGGGUGGGGCAUUGAAGAGGCCACCGUGGUCUGCCGGCAACUUGGGUACUCAGCCACUGUGAGGGCCGCUGCUGCAUCCGAAUUCUCCAUUGGAGAUGGGCCAAUCCAUCUGGACGACUUGUUGUGCACUGGAGAUGAGCUAAGGCUUUCAGACUGUCCACACCGAGGAUGGGCAAGCCAUAAUUGUGGACACUCAGAAGAUGCAGCUGCUGUAUGCUCAACACAGGGCUCUGAUUCCUCUUUGUCUGUUGGCAGUGUUCGAUUGAUGGAUGGUAGUUCAUCGUCUGAGGGGCGUGUUGAGGUCUACUAUCAAGGUGACUGGGGGACUGUCUGUGAUGACUUGUUUGAUAUCCAAGAUGCUACUGUCAUCUGUCGUCAGUUGGGCUUCCCAGGUGCAGUAAGAGCUGUGUCAGCUGCUGCUGAAUUCUCUGUUGGUGAUGGGCCCAUUUUACUUGAUAAUCUGGAAUGCACAGGACGUGAAAGUCUUGAAUAA